CACACGACCAAGAGCGAGCAGAGAGAAGUGAGAAGGAAACAUAUAAAGAAAACAUGUUGAAUUCUCAGAUCAACCAAUUUCACUCUUUCCAUAACUUAUUCACACUCCAAAAGCCCUUCUUAGCUAGAGCUGUUGACGCCACCCACCACUCCUCCUCCUCCGCCUACUCCCAUACCACUCUCCUCCUGCCCACGACCACAAAGAAAUCCAAUGCCACACCCACUCGACGUAGCUCAGCUGGUAAAAUAAACGCCAUUUAUAAUCCUCCUCUUGCUACCAAAGUUAGUGGUGUCAUCCACUUCAAAUCAUCCAACCUAGACAGACUAAAAGCUGGCCAGAUUAUUGACGAUUAUUUUCCUAUAUGGGACAAGCUGAAACUCGAGUUCGUUUCCCUAAACCUUAAUUGUAAGCCGGUGCGAACGGAGGCAGCUUAUGAUUUCAUGGAUGGCGAAUACUACUUUGAGUUUGGAGUCCCAGAUGAUUUUGGGGAGAUCGGAGCUGUGCUGGUUGGGAAUGACAACCUCAACAAGAUAUAUAUAGAGAAAAUUGAACUAUCUGACAAAGUUAACUUCACAUGUAAUUCUUGGGUUCAUUCCAGUCACGAUUACCCCGAGAGGAGGAUCUUCUUCGCUGACAAGUGUUACCUGCCGUCACAAACGCCAGCAGCCCUCAGGUCUCUGAGAAAGAAAGAUUUGGAGUUGCUUCGAGGCAAUGGCCAAGGAGAGCGUAAACCUUUCCAGAGGAUUUACGAUUAUGAUGUAUACGACGACCUUGGAGAUCCCGUCGAGAGCUUAGAUUUAGCAAGGCCGGUGCUCGGUGGCAAGAAAUUUCCAUACCCUAGGCGCUGCCGUACUGGUCAGAAAAUUUGCUGGGAAGAUCCGUUGACGGAGACAAGAACUAAGGCCCCGUUUUAUGUACCAAUCAAUGAAGAUUUUUCAGAUAUAAAGUCGGUAUCCUUUGGAGCGAGGACUUUGUAUGAACUGUUCCUUUCUGUUUUACCCCGUCUAGGCACUUUUGGAUACAAGGACUUUUUUUUAUUCGAGGACAUAGACUUGCUUUUCAACGAAGGAGUUAUGAUUAGUGGUACUGAUAAAAAAGCUGCAAGUCUUUUUCCAAGAUUUAUCCAUCAGGUUACUGAUGCCGUGAAUGACCUUAUCAAGUUUGAACCACCUGAAACUAUCCGCAGGGACACGUUCUUUUGGCUCCGUGAUGAUGAAUUCGGUCGAGAAAUGCUUGCUGGUGUCAAUCCUUGCUGCAUACAGUUGGUUACGGAAUGGCCGAUGAUGAGUAAAUUGGACCCUAACGUUUACGGGCCACCUGAAUCAGCAAUCACCAAGGAGAUUGUAGAGCGAGUGAUUAAAGGUUACAUGACUUUUGAGGAGGCUUUGGAACAAAAGAAACUGUUCGUGUUGGAUUACCAUGAUCUACUAUUGCCAUACGUAAAUAGAAUAAGAGAACUUGAAGGGCUAACUCUAUAUGGUUCAAGGACUCUAAUGUUCCUUACUCCUGCUGGAACGUUGACCCCAGUUGCCAUAGAGUUGACUCGUCCAUCAUCAGAAUGGCAACCACAGUGGAAGCAUGUCUACACACCUUCUUUGGGUGCAACCGGUUCAUGGCUCUGGAAGCUAGCCAAGGCUCAUGUCCUUUCUCAUGAUUCUGGUGUUCACCAGCUUGUUAGCCAUUGGCUAAGAACUCAUUGCGCAACUGAGCCUUACAUAAUUGCUACCCACCGUCAUCUUAGCACAAUGCAUCCUAUUGCACGAUUACUCCACCCUCAUUUACGAUACACCAUGAAAAUCAAUGCCAUAGCUCGAAAAUCUCUCAUUAAUGCUGGUGGUGUUAUAGAGUCGACAUUCUCUCCUGGAAGAUAUUCUAUGCAAAUUUCCUCUGACGCCUAUAAUCUGUUGUGGCGUUUUGAUCACGAGGCACUUCCAGCUGACUUGAUAAGCAGGGGUAUGGCUGUUGAAGAUCCUACUGAACCACAUGGUUUGAAGCUAACAAUCGAGGACUAUCCAUUUGCAAACGACGGUCUGCUCCUUUGGGAUGCCAUCAAACAGUGGGUUACGUCUUUUGUCAACAACUACUACCCACAAGAACGUCUCGUAGCAUCUGAUGAAGAGCUUCAAGCAUGGUGGCAUGAGAUUCGAACCGUUGGGCAUGGAGACAAGAAAGAUGAACCAUGGUGGCCACAACUCAAAACCCAAGAUGAUUUGAUUGGAAUUGUAUCAACUAUCAUAUGGGUUGCGUCUGGCCAACAUUCAGCUGUGAACUUCGGACAAUAUGAGUAUUCUGGUUAUUUCCCAAACCGGCCAACCAUCGCUAGAACCAAGAUGCCUAACGAUGACCCAACAGAUAAAGAGUGGCAGGCAUUCCUAGACCGGCCUGAGGCUGUGUUGUUGAAAUGCUUCCCUUCCAAAUCGCAAGCUACCAAAGUCAUGGCAAUUCUAAAUGUUUUAUCAGCUCAUUCCUCGGAUGAGGAGUACAUCGGUAAAAAUGUAGAGGGGCCAUUUGAGGUGGAGCCAGCUAUAAAGGCCGCAUGUGAAGAGUUUCGUCAAAGAAUUCUUGAGAUGGAAGGCAUCAUAAAUUCAAGGAACGCCGAUCACAACUUAAGGAACCGUAGUGGUGCGGGGGUGCUUCCAUACAAGCUUCUCGAGCCUUUUUCUGAACCUGGUGUUACCGGGAAAGGUGUUCCAAACAGCAUCUCCAUCUAGUUCCCUCGUUUCUAGCAAAUAAAGUUGUUCAAGUGGCUCAUGCUACAUUAAUAAGGUUACUAAGUAUGUUGUUGUAUUUCUUUGUCUUAGUCCUUAAUAAGAUGUAGUAGUGUUGUUACCAACACUCCACAGAGUAGUUGGAACGCUACUACAAAAUAGAACAUUACCCACGGCCAAAACUGUCGGUAUCUGUCGCUAAAAGGCCUUUGCAAUAGACCAAAAUCCGUUGGUAUAUUCUUGUCGUUAAUUGUUUGUAAUGGAUUUCCGGC